CCCCGGUCCCCGCUGCUCCCCGGGGCGGCGGAGAGCGGCGGUGCCCAGCCGGGGCGCGGUGGGCAGUGCCGGGAGCGGAGCCCCGCGGAGCGGAGGGCGAAAGAAGCUUGAGGACAGCACACGUUGCUCACUCUGCAGCAGGCACUGGAGCACUCACCAGGAGGAAUUCCCAGUCAGGAGAGUGACAACGGUGGUUGAGGUGAGCAGGUGUCCAUGAACAAUCCCAAGAAAUGAUGGCUGACCAGCCGCCCCCCCUGGAAGCUACACCUCUGCUGAAUGAAGUGCCACUUCUACCUCACAUGGUCAACGGAGACAGCAUCCAGCAGGUGAUUCUUGUCCAGGUAAACCCAGGUGAAACAUUUACAAUUACAACUGAAGAUGGACACAUUCAGUGCAUUCAAGGUCCAGCACAUGUCCCUAUGAUGUCACCAAACGGUUCCAUGCCGCCGAUUUUUGUGCCUCCCGGUUACGUAUCUCAGGUGGUGGAAGAAAAUGGAGUUCGGAGAGUGGUGGUGGUGCCCCACUCAGGGGAAUUCCAUCCUUCCAUGCAUCCUCCCCCUCCUCCCCACGUGCCCCAUUAUAUGCACCACCCCCACGCCCUGCUCCACCCCCCCCCCCACCCCGUGUUCCCCGCGGUGCCCGGCGCAGGAGAGCUCCCACCCCAGUUCAUCCACCAGCACCCGCCACCACACGUGUUCCAGGAGCAAGAACCUCGUUCCCAUGGAAGGACAAACUUCAUCCAGAGGGAUGAGAGGAGUCUCAAAAUGCAGGAACACCUCAAGAAGAGACUAAAGGACAGACAAGCCAGUGGUCACACCAACAAUAAACUGAACAGCCCUCCCUCCUCACCACAUAAAGUCCUUAAUUCUUCCAAUGCCACAAUUCCCAAUGGGAAUGGAAAGGCACAGCAAGGGGCAGCUGGAGCACUAAAGCAGAAGCAGAUAGGAAAAACAAAGGGCAGUCCAGAGGCAGAGAUGGGAGAAUCUGACACAGAAUCCAAGAAAUGUGAUACUCACUUGAGCAUUGGCAAGCCAGUCGUUUCUGAUAUACAAGCAAGAUCAGCCGUUCUGUCCUGGAAUCUCCCAGUUAGUUCACAGAAUGGAGAGAGCCAUAGUCAUAGUCCAGCAGCAUUUACAUUUGAAGUAGCAAUAUCCAACAGUGGUAAAAAUGGAAAAUUUAAAUCUGUCUAUGUUGGGGAGGAAUUAACAAUUACACUUCCUGAUCUCAGACCAGCCACUGAUUAUCAUGCCAGAGUUUCAGCAACCAGCAGUUCCAUCAAAGAAACCAUUUCAGAACUGGUGAGCUUCACUACAGAGAGCUGUGAGCCAGACUGUCCAGCUGCCCCUAAACUGAUUAACAGAACCAAAAACAGCCUGAGCUUGCAGUGGAAGUCCUCAAAUGACAAUGGUUCCAAAAUAACUAAUUUUCUUUUAGAAUGGGAUGAGGGGAAGAAUGGCCCCUUCAAGGAGUGUUACUACGGGCACCUGAAGCAGUACAAGCUCACCAGGCUCACUCCCUCCACCAGAUACUCCCUGAGACUGGCUGCUAAAAACGACAUUGGAAUGAGUGGGUUCAGUGAGACGGUGACGUUCGGCACGGCCGGGGUGGUGCCGCCGGCCCCGGCGCCGCCCACGCUGCUGGAAGCCGGGGUGACCUGGAUGGCCCUGGCAUGGAGCCCUCCUGCAGGAGUGGCCUCGGAUGACUCCCUCACCUACAGCCUGGACAUGGAGGAAGAAGGCUCUGGCUAUGGAUUCCAGCCCCAGUACAAUGGAGAUGAGCUCUCAUGCACUUUAAGAAACCUGAGGAGGAGUACAUCCUAUAAGUUCAGGCUCUUUGCCUACAACAGUGAAGGAAAGAGCAGCCCCAGUGAGGUGGUGGAGCACAGCACCAAACCUGACCGGCCCGGAGCCCCGAGUAAACCUGUUGUAAAGGGCAAGAUCCAUCCCCACAGUGUGAGAGUCACGUGGGAACCCCCCAAGGAUAAUGGAGGAUCAGACAUUUCUAAAUACUUUCUGGAAAUCUCCGAGGCAUCAGUUGGAGGGAGGUGGGAGCCCAUUUACAGCGGAGCCCAGCGGGAGCACGUCUGUGACCACCUCAGGCCUGGCACCUCCUACAGACUGCGAGUGUCCUGUGCCAGUAAAGGUGGGGAGAGCCAGGCCUCUGAUGUCACGACUGUCACGACGGCGGCCGUUCCCCCCGGGCCUUGUCCCGCCCCGGCCCUGGUGGGCAAAGCCAAGCCCAAGGAAAUCACUUUGCAGUGGGGCCCCCCAGCUGUGGAUGGAGGCUCUGAGAUCACAGAGUAUCUCCUGGAGAUGGCCAGCUCGGAGCAGGAAGAGCGUAGGGUCGUUUAUCAGGGCCCAGCAGCUGAGUUUGGAGUGACCAACCUGCUUCCAGGGAGAACCUACUGCUUCUGGCUCCGGGCAGGGAACAAAGUUGGGUUUGGCCCCCACUCUGAGAAGGCAGAGCUUUGCACUGCUCCAGGACCCCCUGAGCAGUGCUGCAAACCCCUGAUAACCUGCAAAAGUGCAACUUGUGCUGUGGUGUCGUGGGAGAGCCCGGCGUGCAACGGAGCAGAAAUCACCGAGUACAGGCUGGACUGGGGCCAGGUGGAGGGGUCCAUGCACAUCAUCUACACUGGCCCCUGCCAGAGCUAUGAGGUCAAGGGGCUCACACCUGCAACCACCUAUUACUGCAGAGUCCAGGCUGUGAACGUGGCUGGGGUGGGGCUGUUUGGGGACACGAGCGUGGUGAGCACCCCCCCAUCCGUGCCUGCAGCCGUGGCCGUGCUCCACUUACUUGAAGAGGAUCAGAUGGAAAUUUCCCCUCCUUUCUCCACGUGCCUUGCAAUCCAGUGGGAAGAGCCCUGCUGCCACGGGGCAGAGAUCACAGGCUACAACAUCGAGUAUGGGGAAAAGCAGCUGGUCACUGUGGGGAGAAACACAACCCAUGUCCUUGAGAAUCUGCUGCCUGACACCCUGUACAGGAUCAGGAUACAGGCCAUCAACAGCUUUGGAGUCGGUCCUUUCAGUCAUUCCAUGAAAGCCAAAACCAAACCACUACCUCCUGACCCUCCCCACCUGGAAUGUGUGGUCUUCAGCUACCAGAGCCUUAAACUGAAAUGGGGAGAAGGGCCCAGCAGAGCUUUAAUUCCCAACCCUACACAGUUCAACCUGCAGAUGGAGGACAGGUUUGGCAGGUUUGUGACAGUCUAUAAUGGUCCCUGUCACACCUACAAGGUGCAGAGGCUCAGCGAAUCCACCACGUACCAUUUCCGCAUCCAGGCGUACAACGACGCUGGGGAAGGAGCCUUCUCGGAGGUCUGUGCUUUCACCACCACCAAGUCUCCACCUGCACCUCUCAAAGCACCCAAAGCGAUUCAGCUGGAAGAAAACACUUUUGAAAUCACAUGGGAGCCUCUACAGCCGAUGAAAGGAGAUUCCAUUGUUUACAUCCUUCAGCUUGCUGCUGGCAGAGAGUUUGAUCAGGUGUACAAGGGCCCGGAGCCGUGGUUCCGGCUGCCGGCCGCGCAGACGAACUGUGAGUACCGCGCGCGCGUCUGCGCCGGCCGCCAGUGCCACGACCUGCCGGGCUGCCCGGAGCUCUACGGCCCCUACAGCCCCAGCGCCGUGUUCUGCUGCCAGCGCCGCGAGCCGGGCCCCACCGCGGCCCAGCCCGGCGCCGAGCUGGCGCAGAGCGGGAAGCGGCUGCGCGAGGAGCGCGUCAUCGCCAUCGCGCUGCUCUGCGGCUUCGCCGUGGUCGCCAUCCUCUUCGCCGUGGUCAUCCAGUACUUCGUCAUCAAGUAGGGCAGAGCUGGCCCCGCUCAGCUGUCUGUACAGAGCUCUCUGGGGUAUUUAUGGGUAGUUCAAUGGAAUCCUAGCUGGGAACCCCUCGCUCCGUGCGUUCCCGCUCCUGCUGCUGGCUGCCGGCGAGGCUGGCUUGGCAGAUCCUUUCCAAAUGCUGGACACAGAUUUCCUGUAGAAAGGGUGAUCCUGGGGCAUCUGCAAUCAGGGUGAGCUGUUAGAGAACAGCAGUCAGCUGCCUUACGGUGCACACUGGGGGGAUGUGCACUCUCCUCCUCUCUCCCCAUCCCAGCCAGUUGGAGAGGGAAGGCAUUGCUAGAGCAGUCCUUUCCCAGCACCACCAGAGCAGCGGGAGGCGAUGGCUGUUCCAUCAGGUUUCGCUGUAGUUUGAUAUCCAUGAAAUCCAGCAGCACAAGUGCUUGAGCUUAGAGCAGAACUGCAGAGCCUACUAGAGCAUACCACAUUUACUAGACUGUAGAAGGAAAGCAGAAUAUUGACUUAGUGAUAUUACUACUUUACAGUUAUUUUAAUACUUGAGAUUCAGUAAUAAUCAUUUUGAGUGUUGGAGUAGAGGGUGCCAGGGUUUUUUAGGGUUUUAAUCCAAACCAAUGCCAGCAGGACGUGGCGCUCUGCCGGGAUGCCCAGGAAAGGCUCUGCCCGGAAUGUUCCUGCUGUCCUGAGCAGCUUUGGCCCAAUCCACAUUUCACUCUCAGUGCCUGAGAGAAAAGUAAUUCCCUGUGCAGCAUGCUCAGAACGGCACAGGAGUUGUCUUUAAGGAGAAAGAGUGCAUUUAUGAUAAAUGUUACACUAUUUGGCUCAAACUGAGCAAAUGUUUUUGUACUAUUAUUAACCUAAAAAAUAAAAAGUUCAGCCUGCUUUGGGUGCCCUUCUAACUUAACCCCAACAAGCAAAUUGUACGUGAGAGAACUCUUUUAGAUAACGUUUAUAAAAUGUUUUAAACUUGCUAUCCCAGUGGUAGCAGCUUCACAUUCCAUGGUUUUCCUGUUGGGAAUGUUCAGCCUGCUAUGAACUUGUCUGAAACUCGUCCUGGUCGGCUGGGGGAUAUUUUUGUGGACACUGUGCACUACAUUUGACUGUUGUGUUCCAUCUGCUUGUGAAUCCCUGAGGAGGAGCCUGGCAGCUCCUGGCUCCAUUAGGUCAAAGCUUUUGAAAGCUGGAACUCACAAAUUUCCAAUGUUUCAGGAUGGGUCUUGCCAACAGCGUUUGGAAUAUGCCACAGAACGGUAGAUUUUAGGGUAUUUUGCAAAGUCUGUGGCUCCACUUGGGCCAUCAGAGCGAUGCACUUGUAGGUGGGAGGGUGGAUGUGACAGAGCUACAGGCGACGUGUUUCCAGUAAUUAAUUAAUCACUUUAAGGGUCUUUCUCCUAGAGCAGUUGAGGAAUAACGUUGUGUUAGAGUUUGAGGCAUUGUGUUGUAUUUCACAUGUGGAAAACCUAAAUUAUGACCUAGUAUCACUUAAUCCUCUUCACAGUAGAUUGAUGGUGCAAUCUGAAAUUAAUCUUUUCAAAGUGUACUCUUCAUUUUUGUACUCUAUUUAUUUUGAUUAAAAGUCCUGGAAAGAAAAAAAAAAAAGUAUGUUUGAAUGUAUUGUUCUACUUGUAGCAGAACUUUAAGUUAAUCAUUUAUUAUAUCAUAGAAAUCUCUCCCUCCAGUGUCAGAAAGAGUUUUAUACAGAUAUUAGUCUUUAGUUUGCAGAAGAGUUUACAAUCUGUCUUUAUUUUCCUCAUAGUCUCCCUUUAGCAGAUAAACUGCCUGCAGCAGAUCUCCGUUGCCAAAGGGUUCUUUCUUAACUCCUUAGAACCAACUUGUAGAGAGGUUUAUUUGGCAAUAAUAGUCCUGAUCAUUUAAAAGAGAAAUUAGGAUUGCAGAGUAAAUACUAACAAGUCAUGACUGCUAAAAAAUGAAAUCAAAUCCUUUUGUAAUUGCCACAAAAUGCUUAUAUUUCCAGAAAAUAUCCAGGAUUUAUACUGCAGUAGGGAUUUUCCAUCAGCUGUUGUCCAUUCCAGAAGGAUGUACCCUCGUGGCAUUAAUGUAUUUUAGGUAUCUUCAGUUUUCUUGUAUUGUCAUUUUUGAGGUAUCUCAAAUGUAUGUUAAAGCUGCCAUGCAUUGUAUUACUAAAUUGUAACUAUCAAAUAGAUAAUAUAUUUAAUACAGCCAAUAAAUAAUACAAAUGUAUUCAAAUUUGA